AUGCUGAUGGUGGUAGAGGAGGAAGACGAGGAGGAGGAGAAGGUGGUGCUGAUGGUGAUAGAGGAGGAGGAAGAGGAGGAGAAGGUGGUGAUGGUAGUGAUGGUGAUGCAAGGUAUCAAAAAUUUGAUGGACUGGAUCUACGGCGGGGUGGACCCCAGCUUUGAAGGCAAUGGGGGUCGCGAGUGCGCCUCCUUCCUCCCCUGGGAGCAGCGCCUGCUGGAGAGCGUGGUCUUCAUCCUCGUGGGAAUCCUGGAGAUCCUGGUCUCUCUGCGGAAGAUCGGGCGGUCCACGGCCAAGGAAGCUGCUGACCGCUUGGCCCAGUCCUGGGUCAAGGAGGAAUGUUGGGGCAAAAACCUCUUGCUGGUGACCUUCUGCCUGACUUUUGGGCUGGAGGUGGGAUUCAAGUUUGCUUCCCGGACGGUCAUCUACUUGCUCAACCCAUGCCACGUGGUCACGAUGAUGCAGAUUUUUCUACUGGCUUGUCCACCCUGCCAUUUCGCCAUGAUUCUAUUCAGGUUGCAAAUGCACAUGCUGAAUGGGGCCCUUCUCGCUCUCCUGUUUCCUGUGGUUAACACUCGAUUGCUACCUUUUGAAAUGGAAGUUUAUUACAUUCAACAUAUCAUGCUCUAUGUUGUCCCCAUCUACCUGCUAUGGAAAGGAGGUGUUUACACUCCUGAGCCAUCGUGGAAUUUCUGGUGGGCUUUGCUCUCCACUGGGUUGAUGUUUGUCUACCACUACAGUUUUUUACAGAUUUUGGGACUCAUCACUGAAGUGAACUUGAACAACAUGCUGUGCCCGGCUAUUUCUGAUCCAUUUUAUGGCCCCUGGUAUAGAAUCUGGGCAUCGGGACACCAGUCCAUCAUGACUAUGCUUCAUGGAAAACUCAUAAUCCUCCUUUUCUAUAACGCUGUCCCAUUCUUUAAGCUCGGUGUGGAUGUACUACGAUCCCCAGCUAAGAAAAUAUCCUGAGGCACCAUCCUGGUUCUUGUUUCUUUGUUGAAGGAUC